ACCUAUGCAGCAAGCAGCUGGCCUGACAGCAUUGAAAAUUGACUCUGGCAAUCGUGUCUGGCAAUGACUCUUGGCAUACCUUCUUAAUAUGUAUUCGCAUAAUGCCAUUGAUGACAUGACAAACUGCACUGAUCGUGGUGAAGUCGCGGCAAGUAGCUCGCAGCAGACCGUGGACUUCCAUGUCGCGCACUGGGCCGAUGGCACGCUUGAGUUGCGAGCCAGCCUCCGCAGCCGUACCUGGCAGCUGGGAUGCUUCCUCGCGGUGGUAGCAGCUCUGUGUGAUGCUUGGCAGCAGCGGGGCGCGCGUGGGGCGCUGAACAGCUCAAGCAUCUAUCCCCCAGCUCGCGGUGUUGAAUCGCUGCUAUCCUCUAGCUGCCUGCAUUGGCUGUUGGCAGCGGCCGCGGCAUCGUUGCUGGUGUGGGACUUGGUCGUCCGCGUCACUGAAGAGCGUGUGUGCACGCUACCCGGAGGCGUGGGCUACAUCUUCGAGCGCCGUUGCGGCCGUAGCUUCAAGGUGACGCUGCCGCUGCCGCUACCAUUGACUUCCAACGAGCUACAAGUGUUACCGGCUGCAGCGCUGUCAGCAAGGAAGGAGGCAGCACGGAGGGGCACCGGCAGCAGCGGCAAAGGUGGGGCGGCCCGGCGAUGGGCCUGGCAGCGAGUGCCACUGGCUCUCGGACUGGUGCGGCGGCGCCAGCGCUUCAUAGACGGAAGAGACGUGCUAUACAUAACGCUGAGUGAGGCCAUCAGCAGCAGUGAUGUUCACUUCUUCCUGGCCUUCGCGCUUCGAGACCGGGCCGGUGGCGGCGGGGCAGGCGGCGCCGGUGGCUGCCUGGCGGUGCCCUUUGAGGCGCUGCUGCCGCGUCUGCGGCUGAGGCACCUGACCCAGAUGUACCAGGCCCUGCUCCAGCACCAACAACAACAGAAAUAGCACCAGCACCAGCACUGCACGACUGAAACGAUAGCACUAACUCCAAGGUCAGUGCCGGUGGCGGCGCGACAGCAGUUGGAAAAGUGGCAGGGCGGCGACACGGGCGAUUAUUGCAGCAAGCAGAGUAUGAGCAGGAACAUUCUCCUCAGUGUGCCCACUGGCGGGCGCCUGGCCUGCCAUUGUCAGGUGAUCUGGUGGGGCACUGCUGCUAACGACGACAGCGAUUACGGUGACUAAGGCGGCAACAAUAGCUAGCAAAUGCUGCCCACGGGCACGCCUUGAUUUGCUAGCUGCUGUUGCAUCAUGCGGCGGAGGCUCAUGCCAUGGACGGGAUGUUGCAUCUCUGCGCGGCGCGGCCGAUAACGGGGCCGCGGCGCAACACUGCGAUGACGGAGCGGUGUGCUGGGGCGGCCUGGCGUCACCGGCAAGCUAGAAUCCAGCUUGCUUACCAGCGUGCCUGCAAGAGGCGCAUUCUGCAACGGUGUUGCUGUGGCUGCAAUGGACGACAGGCACACGUGACGUAGCUUGCCAGGGUGGUGGAGCACCCAAGGGCGCUGUCCAAGGUAGCGAGCCUCCCUGCGCAUCGCUAUGGGGUUAAAGGCCCUCCACUUUUACACCACGGCUGGAUGACAACAACCAGUCGGAACAGGGCGCUUGGUUUAGCAGCUGGCAUAACAACUCGACCAGAAGCCGCACGCAUGAUACGAUAUGUGGACCGUCGUGUGGUUGGCGGGAACGCGUAACGGCAAAGACAGCAGAUGCGGAGUGGCGACGGAGGAUGGUUGACGGAGGAGUGUGUGAGCGAUGUAACAGGCGGUGACGCAGGGUGCCGAACAGUAGCCUGCUCGUUCGGGUUCGAGUAAUUAGGCAGGCGAUGUGUUGAGAUUACAGAUUGCGAACCACGAAUGCAAAUUGGAGCGCACACGCCGAGUGAGUGAGGGUAACGGUGUCAGGAACGUGUCCUCGCUUUUGUAACCCUUUGUUACGAGAAGCGCUACCUUUAAAAAAUUAGCGGUUAAUUUGAGCGCUCUUUAAGAGGGGCUUCGUUUUGUUUCUUUCGGGAUUUUCCGACAGAGACAGAACAGGGUUCGCGCUCUUGCACUGCACUGGGAAGCCGCGUCGCUGUGAUGUUUGGCUCGGUGUAAUAACAACCUACG